AUGGAAGACGAUAUAGGAGACGAAGAUGACGUUCACGUGAAGAACGAAGAAAUGGAAGAGGUAGAGAAAAAAGAGGAGCCAGACGAUGAGCAAGAGCCAGAUGAUGAGGGCGUUUCAAAGCCUUCAACAUCGCGAAAACGUCAGGCGGAUGACGAUUAUGAUGCGGAAGCUGAGGCAGUAGCUGAAGCUGAUGAAGACGACGACGAGGACUAUGAAGAAAAGCCGAAGCGAAAAGGUAGCAAAACGGACAAGAAAAAGAAGGAGAAGUCGGAUAAAAAGUCAAAAGAAGCGAAAGAUAAGAAGACACCAAAGCGACGAACAUCAAUAUCAUUUGAAGACGCUUUGGGAGGAACUCCUAAGAGCUCAAAGAAAAAGCACGAUCCGAAGAAGGACAAGCCAAUGUUUGUAGGAGGAUUGCCUAUGGCUCCUAUACAGGAUGGUCCCGUCGUGCCGAAUGCCUAUAACUACGAUCCAAUGGCGGAAAUUAUGAAGCUCGGUACUGGACAGUUCCAAAGCGCAUACCGAAAGUCGAAAUUGAAUAUCACACCACCAAAGGACAAGAAAAUUUACAAGUUAGAGCCGAAGCAUCAUGAUGAAGAGGAGGCGGCAAAGAACAGUGCUGAAGCUCAAAGCAAAAGCUCAAAGCCAGAACCCCCGAAACCUCCAGUGAUUGCACCGCUUAGCGUGAAUACAAGACGCCAUAGUGAUGGAGUACCUGCUCGUACUAGUCCUGCGUCUGGUCCAUCACCUAGAACGGGUUUCAUGCCACGACUUCAUGACAUUCCACCUGCAAGUACACCUGGGCCAGCGAAACCACAACCGCCUCCAAUCCCUGCAGCAAGGAAGACUCAUGUCCCCAGCGCUGAUAGUAUUCAAAGAGCUCCUGUUGAACCUAGUCCUACGGUUCCUCGUGCAUCUCGAAACUCAUUCAGUGAAUUUGGGGCGAACGCGGCGGCUCAGAUCUCGCCGUUGUCAAGGAACGGUUCAGCACACACUACGCCACAGAGUCAUGCUUCACCAGUGCCUUCAAUUUACCACGCGAUGAAGGUUCACGACCAAUCAAUAGAAUCCAAGACGGCUCGCUUCGCUGAAAAUCCAGUAUCAGACAUCUCCCCACCUCCUGUAUCUACCACUCCGCCGUUCAUGACAUCUCCAGCACCUCUGCAGUCACCAGAUCUUCCACCAGUGUUCACAUCUUCAUCAACGACAGCCCCACCGGCGAUAAACGUCACACCAAAGAUCCCUAUGAAGCAGGCAUUAGCUCAGCUAGGUCAAAUCGUCAAAGAACUUAAUGAGGUCAACGCGUUAUAA